AUGUCAGGCAGCCUGAGGGUAUACGCGCUGUUCGCCAUCUUGUACAUUUUUACAGACCUAACAUACGCGGGCUCGGAGUCGUCUCAGCGCCAACCCAUCAACAACACCCAGCCGAUCGAUGUCUCCAAAAUCCCGUCCUGUUUGCUCGCAAGUUGCGAUACCGAUCCCCUAGGAACCGCACCCAAAGACGCGUGCACGCCUUUAAAGCCGUCGACUCAGUUAUACAAUAGAAGCUGCUACUGCUCCCUCAAGGAUCCGCUCUACUGUGCCUGGUCGUUCUGCACUUGGUGGGACUGGAUGGCCACCGAAGACUGGUUCGUGAAAGAGUGCGGCCCAGGCUCUGACGACCUUUCAUACGACGGUCUGCCAGCCUGCGCGCAAGGAUGUCUGCGCCAAAAGCUUGUCUACUACGGCUGCAUCACCGAGGGUCGCAAUUGCUUCUGUAUCCACGGGAGUCUGUUCGAUUGCCAGUCCAACUGCCACAAGGAGAGUGAAAUAACGGCCAUCAAGGACUGGCUAACGGACCAAUGCGGUGUCAGUGCUGCAUUGGCCCAGAAAGGGGUGGACACCGGUGUUUUCUACGGCUCCACGGACGAUACUUCUGAGUCGAGGCAAUCCCCUCUGAUCUACCGACCCAAAAGGAAGAAGCUGAAGUGGUAUGAGAUCUUUGCAAUUGUGCUGCUUUGCCUUUCUUUCGUGAUGGGAGGAAUCAUCUGGAUUGCUUCGGCAAGGAAAAGGAACGCUGGCUCUGCCAAAAAGCGGCAGAAGAGUUCCUGAGAAAAUACGAACCUUCGUUCCGGUUGGGGAUUAGUUGAA